AUGCCGGAAUCAAAGAGUGUUUCAACUUCACCUCCAUCACACACAGCAACAUUAUCACCAAAGGUUUCACGAAGACCAACGGUACUGUCACAUCAGCGAGGCGAUGGGUCGGCAAAAAGCGGCUACUUAUCAGAUGACCAUGAUUUAGAUAUAAGUCCCAUCAAUUCUAUUAGUGAUUCACAGCAAGAGCAUGAGGAACUACAGCAUAUCAGAAAUAGUUUAAGGCGAGAAAGCGAACGUAGCGAUGGUGGGCUACACGUUCAUCGUAAAACUAGCAAGAAACACCGUCGACAUAAGGAAAAGGAAUUAGAGACGGGGAGUCACAGCGCAAGUGGAAAUGAUGGUAAUAACGCUGGUAGUGGUGGCCAUAGUGGUGGUAUCGUUACUGGCGCAGCUGCAAGUUCCGACAUUGGACAGAAGCUUAACUAUGCUUCCAUUGCAAUGAAAUUUCUCGCUGGUUUAGCAAUAUUUUUAGCCACGCUUUCGAGAGUUCUCGGUGACGUAGAAAUUACAUCACCAGAAGACGGGGACACCUUUUCCGGAUCAUCAGGUCAAGCAAGCAUCAAAGUUGAAUGGAAAGACGAUAGUUCAGAUUCAGAUUUUUCUUUAGAUAAAAUCAAAUUCUAUACUAUAUCAUUAUGUACAGGCACAAACAAUCCAAUACAAUGCUACGAACCAGCAUAUGUCGAUCAAAAGAAACUCACAACAACAUCCUCCACAAUUAAUAUUCCUCAAAACGCUGUGCCUAAUGGGAUGUUUUAUUUUCAAAUUUAUACAAUGUUUACCAAUGGUGCAGAUACUAUCCAUUAUAGUCCUCGAUUCAAGUUAACUGGAAUGACCGGUCCUACAAGCACAUACGUUGUUACAGCAACAGGUGAUCAACCGGGUGCUAUUACAGAAAAUUACAAUCCUGCGGGAAACACGGAUUUUAGCGCAUCUUUUACUGUUCCGUAUACUUUGCAAACUGGUAAGACAAGGUUUGCGCCUAUGCAAAUGCAGCCUGGCUCUACAGUCACAGCGACUACAUGGACUAGAAGGUUCCCACUGAGCGCUGUAACAUACUAUUCUACAAAGAUGAAGAGUCCCGUGGUUCAGUCAACUAUCACACCCGGAUGGAGCUAUACUGCUUCAUCAGACGUUAAUUGGGCUAGUGUUGCUCCGUAUCCGACAAAUUGGUAUUCUGCCAGUGAAAGAGUUAGUAAAGCUAGUAUUACCGCUACAAAGAAGAAGAGAAGAUGGUUAGAUUAA